GUCGGACUCACGCUCCCCAAAUCCCCCACCCUAGCCUCGCUCGCCCCCAAGUCAAACAACAACAGACAACGCAUUCCCUCGAACACCUAGCCGCCUCCCUCCAUCUCCAUCUCCAUGGCCACCUCCGCCCUCGCCACCCUCUCGGCCACCGCCGCCGCCGCGGGGGCCAGGCGCGCGCUCCUCUCGCGCGGCCCCUCCUCCUCCCUCUCCUUCUCCGCCCGCCGCCUCGCGCCCCUCCGCGCCGGGCCCCUGCCCCGCGCGGCGACGCGGGCCGUCUCCGCGACCGCGUCCCCGGCCGCCGCGACGGCCAUCGCGGUCGGCGACCGGCUCCCGGACGCGACGCUCUCCUACUUCGACUCCCCCGACGGCGAGCUGAAGACGGUGACGGUCCGCGAUCUCACCGCGGGGAAGAAGGUGGUCCUCUUCGCGGUCCCAGGCGCCUUCACGCCCACCUGCACCCAGAAGCACCUCCCGGGGUUCGUGGCCAGGGCCGGGGAGCUGCGCGCCAAGGGGGUGGACACCGUCGCCUGCGUCUCCGUCAACGACGCCUUCGUGAUGCGCGCGUGGAAGGAGAGCCUCGGCGUCGGCGACGAGGUGCUGCUCCUGUCGGACGGCAACGGCGAGCUGACCCGCGCCAUGGGCGUGGAGCUGGACCUGUCGGACAAGCCUGUGGGGCUCGGCGUCCGGUCGCGCCGCUACGCGCUGCUCGCCGACGACGGCGUCGUCAAGGUGCUCAACCUCGAGGAAGGCGGCGCCUUCACCAACAGCAGCGCCGAGGACAUGCUCAAGGCGCUCUGAGGCCUGAGCCGCGACACCCCUCCGCCCUCGCCAUGCCCGUCGAGUCAUCGCCAUCGGCUCGGUUCGUCCUCUGUUUCCUGAUGAAGGCCUUUUUUGCUUCGUUUUUCCCUGAAUAAUAAUAAUCGGUGCGGCAGCGGCGGACUGUCUUUGCUGCUGCUGCUGCUGUCACCUCGAUGUGCGGUGGCGAGUACUGAGUAGUGCAGCGUAGCUUUGCGAAGUUUCUGGAGAACUAUGAAUCUGUCGUGGCCGUGUCCUGGUUUGCAACCUGGCAUGGAAUGGAAUGUCAACUUGUGCUUGUUGUUUGCAUCGUACCAUAAUGAUUCGUAUUCGUGA